CCCUCUUUCCUGCGAGGUUUUUUUUUUAUUAUUAUUAUUAAAUAUGGUUGCAAUGUGGACUAAACAUGGUCCAAGACAUUUGUUUGGCUCGCAGAUACCGAUAGUCAGCCAGGACGAGACUCCUACCCUGCAGCGGAGUAUUGUCCAAAUAAUGUUUUUGAAGAGAAUUUUGGAUUGUGAACUACGAUUUUGGGAAAGGGGGCACCAUGGCAUCUCCAUCUGAUAGCUGCAUCCAGUUCACACGACAUGCGAGCGAUGUUCUUCUGAACCUUAACCGCCUGCGAAGUAGGGACAUCCUGACCGAUGUCAUCAUUGUUGUGAACAGGGAGCAUUUUCGUGCUCACAAAACUGUCCUCAUGGCCUGCAGUGGCCUGUUCUACACAAUCUUUACUGACCAGAUGAAGUGCAACAUGAACAUUAUUAACCUGGACCCAGAUGUCAGCCCAGAAGGAUUUAGAGUCCUGCUUGAUUUCAUGUAUACGUCUAGGCUUAGCUUGAGGGACAGCAGCAUCAUGGCUGUUAUGACGACUGCGUUAUACCUCCAGAUGGAACAUGUUGUAGAUACUUGUCAGAGAUUCCUGAAAACAAGUGAAGAUAUUGUGAAGCCACCAAGAGAAGACUUUCUUCCAGGCAGGGCAAUGUUACCUCAAGACGUAAUGGCUUACAGAAACUGUGAGAUGUCUGAAAAUACUGUACCUCUUCAUAAUGCAGCCAUUUGUGAUGGAAGGUCCUACAUUCCCAACAUCUACAAUGGUUCUGCAUCAUCUUACCCGAUGUACAGGCACAUCCCAGUACAUGGUUUCCUGUUUCCAGAGGAUGAUGUACAGAUGUCAGAAAUGCAAAGAGCCAGUAGAUAUGCUAAGGAGAGUUUGUUGCCUGGGGAAAAUUCAAGGACUGUAUUGGGAGAGUUUAGGAAACCACCAACAGAUCUAUCAGCCAACAUGUGCCACACCAGUGUCUACUCUCCAAAAGAGGCAGCCCUGGAGGAGCCAAGAGGUGAUUCACACUACAAUGUAGUUGCAGGCUCUCGGUCUGCUGGUACACCUGUGAGAAACGGCACCUUCUACACUUGUGAUAAAGGGAAAGAGGAGGAAAGAACAUCUUCAGAGGAUGAAAUAAGCCAGCACUUUAAACCAACAAACUCUCCUAUCAAUCGCAAAGGUCUUAUCAGCCCUCAAAGCCCACAGAAGUCAGACUGUCAACCCAACUCUCCCACGGAGUCCAGCAGCAGUAAAAAUGCCCGCAUCUCACAAGGUUCUGGUUCUCCUGUGUCUAAAGUCUCUAGUGACCCAAAGGCAUGCAACUGGAAAAAGUACAAGUUGCUCAACUCUCUAAAUCAGAGUGAGAAGGAAAUCUGUGCCAACCAGAGUGAUAUUGGUAACCUUUCCCCACAGUCUUACACAUCUCAGUCUUCGUGUCAACAGCUGGUCAAGUCAGAAAACAUGGAUGUUCAAGUCUCAGCAAAAGUGAAUGGUGGCACAGAUGACUCUCCAAUAACUCAAACCAGCAAACUGAACAAUAUUAUGAACAGGACUUUGACUGGUUCCCCACAGAGCACAGAGGGACAUUCACCUGUGUACAUCCAUACAUCCAAAUUCGGUCUGUUCUCAUCCCAGUCCCCUCCUGAAAUGUGUCCUCACACCCCUGGCUCUAACUUUGGAGAGGAGAUGGCAGAGACACAGUCUGAGUACUCAGACUCCAGUUGUGAAAACGGUACUUUCUUUUGCAAUGAAUGUGACUCUCGUUUUUCUGAAGAAGGCUCCCUGAAGAGGCACACUCUGCAGAUGCACAGUGACAAGCCAUAUAAGUGUGACCGCUGCCAAGCAUCAUUCCGCUACAAGGGCAACCUUGCCAGCCAUAAAACUGUUCAUACAGGUGAAAAACCGUAUCGCUGCAGUAUCUGCGGAGCUCAGUUUAAUCGGCCUGCUAACCUGAAGACCCACACAAGGAUCCACUCUGGAGAAAAGCCGUACAAGUGUGAGACCUGCGGUGCCAGGUUUGUGCAGGUUGCCCAUCUCCGUGCACACGUCUUGAUUCAUACUGGAGAGAAGCCGUAUCCUUGUGAAAUCUGUGGUACUAGAUUCAGACAUCUGCAAACGUUAAAAAGCCACCUCCGGAUUCACACUGGCGAGAAACCCUAUCAUUGUGAGAAAUGCAACCUUCAUUUCCGCCACAAGAGCCAACUGAGACUUCACUUGCGUCAAAAACACGGAGCCAUCACUAACACAAAAGUUCAGUAUCGUGUGUCUCAAGCAGAGUUGCCCUCCGACCUCCCCAAAUCUUGCUGAACCUCUGUCCUGACCCACCAACGUGGAGUGCCUCUUUUCUGACCUGUUAGUGCAGAUAUGAAAAACGGGUUUAGCAUAUUUUUGUCCUGGUCAUGUGAAAUUUAGCACCCUUCAUUGUAAAUAAUAUAUAUUUUUUAAUUUUUAUGUACGUGUGUUGGAGUGACCAUGUGCUUUCAGUUAUUUUGGCAUUGUAAUUUUCUGGCGGAGUGAAUCUGUGACACAGAAGUGGAUGACACGUGUGUUAUACUUUGCCAUGCCGUCGCAUGGGAGAUGCACUGACAUUUCAGUACAGUGGGGAAAAGAAGCAUCUGCCUCCUUAAUUGCCCAAAAUACAGCAUGCGAGAAAUCUACAAACAUUGGAUUGCUUCAGUUUUGACAUUUGCCAAGAUGUCGCCAACCUGCGCAGAGGCGAGGUUUUUGCUUUAAACUUGAAUUGCUCAAUGGGAGGCAAAGGAGUGUUACCUUGCAAAGUUGAAGCCCACAUGGGUUUGUAGUGUGUUUUUUUGUUUGUUUGUUUUUGAUUCGGUAGCAAUUUCCAUGAAAAAAAAAAAAGCCAAAUAGUACCUGGAGAUUAUAUGGGGUGGUUUUCUCGCCGCCCCUAAUUUGGAUGUUAAAUAAUUUCUGGAGCACUCUGCAAAACUGAAGCACUUGGAUUAAAUCUCGUCACAGUAGAGCUCAGCCACAUGCAUUUCCAGUCUCUCUGUUAAAGGGGCUUUCAUUGCUGUCUGGACUGGUGAUAUGUGAGGGCAUCCUAAUCUAGCACCUUAAAUGAAACUAACAAA